GAAGCCAAUCAUAAUUUAACCUCAGAUACGUUUGAAACAUGCUCCCCACAGAGUGUUAACUCUUUACAGGUUGUCGUGAAAUCCAACUUCAAACCGUCACUGUUGGCCCAGAAGAUUGAGGUUCGGAUUCCUACACCACCAAACACGUCAGGAGUUCAGUUGAUUUGUAUGAAAGGCAAAGCGAAGUAUAAAGCAGGCGAAAACGCUAUAGUUUGGAAGAUCAAACGAAUGGGAGGGAUGAAAGAAAGUCAAAUUUCUGCUGAAAUCGAUCUCUUGCCUACGGGUUCCGAGAAGAAGAAGUGGAAUCGUCCUCCUGUCAGCAUGAGUUUUGAGGUGCCAUUCGCUCCUUCUGGCUUGAAAGUGCGCUAUCUGAAGGUGUUUGAGCCAAAAUUAAAUUAUUCAGAUCAUGACGUAAUUAAAUGGGUGCGAUAUAUCGGUCGUAGUGGUCUCUAUGAAACACGAUGCUAA